AUGACGAGAUCCAGAUUUGCUCGUGCAGUCACAACAACAAAUGCGCCUGAAACCACAACAGCUGCUGAUGCCACCACAAAAGCAGCUGAUGCUACCACAAAGGCUCCUGAUGCUACCACGAAGGCGCCUGAUGCUACAACAAAAGCUCCUGAUGCAACAACAGCAGCAGGUGAUGCGACAACAAAAGCUCCUGAUGCCACAACGAAAGCACCUGAUGCAACUACCGCCGCAGGAGGAGAAACAACCGCAGCAGGAGGAGCUACAACUGCAGCUCCAGAUGCUACGACCGCAGCACCAUCGGGAGAAAAGUCUUGUAAAGCUGGAACAGCUGGUGGGCUGUGCAAAGACUGCUCCACGCUCUUGGUAAGAUUUUAA